CAAAACGACGAAGCAAGUGUCAAAUAACAUGCAGGAAACUCACAACAUAUCAACGGCGACAACCACAACCACAGAGAUCCUCCCACCCAUCAUGCGUGCGAUUCACAUACACAUAUAUGGAUGGCUACAGAGGGUUUUCUAGUUCUGUAGUGGGGCAGAAGUGAAGUGAAAUGGGCUUGUGACCUUUAGUUUCUACCCUCCCGAGGGAGGAUUCAGAAUAUUUUCAGUAAUAACCGUGCUGUGCAGUCUGACGAUGGUCAAAGCGAACAAGAAGUCCAUGCAACGUGGGACAGGGGGAGACAACGGGAUCAACGCGCGAAGAAAAAAAAAUGUUCUGUGUAUUCUUCGGUGCAGAGAAUCUUGAAUCCUGAUGACAAGCGUGAAUAACCUGAUAAACAGUUUCAACUAUAAGGCUACGAAGCGACGAUCCCUCCCUCCUCCCGGAAAACCUGUUUUGGAGCUGCUGAUCACGUGAUCAUUAUUGCAUCGGACCAGCGACUGCGUGGGACAAUUUUUUUUUUCAUUGCGGCUUGAACAUGUUUGACACUCCAUUGUCAACUUAACAGCAGGUGGUCAUCGCCUCCAACUAUGACUAACAUGAUUGACAAAGCGGCACGAUCAAUGCUCCAGGUGAACAUCAUCUACAACUGCUUUACCGCUCCAUUGCCGUCCCACCUGUUACCGGCAAAGCAACUGUCAGAGAACAACUGAGGGAGAUAGCUGCUGGAUGUAUAACAUCGCAAAGGUUGAGACCGUCUCGUCCUCACGAAAAACUAACAACAAAAGACCGCCGUUUGCCCUGCUUUUUCAAGAGUGCUGCAGCUGUCCCAAGAGCAUGCGCAGUCACAUCACAAGGCUGGUCUUGCUAUUAGGGGGCAUCCUGUUCGCUGGUGUCUAUUUCUACCUCUACAUGAAGUCUGGAGCCAACUUCAUCAACCAACUGUCCUACUCAUACAACGCCUCUGCAGCCUUAGUACAUGGCAUCAACAGUAAGACUACGACAACACCAGAAACAACGACUACAUGGCCUUCUGUCUGUCCUGAGAGUAACAUCACAUUCGUCUCCGCUUUCUUCGACUUCGGCAACCACCCGAAGGGCGGCGGCCGCCGGACUGUGGAGGAGUACUACCCCUGGAGUGCAGCCUUCGGUCGGGUGUAUGCCCCAUUGGUCUUCUACACGGACUCGGAGAAGUUUGGUUCACACGUGCAAAAAUUGCGUGCGCACAUGGAUCCCCGCCUGACACACGUCAUUUCCGUUAAUCGCUCAACACUUUGGCCAUUCGAGUAUAAGGAUGUCAUAGCCCGACUGUAUGCCCGCAAGGACUACCCGAAACAUGCGCCAAACACCGUUGUUCCCGAAUAUUCCUGCUCCAUGCACGCCAAGUACGCAUGUCUGUACGAUGCCAGUGUUACAGCAUGGUUUGGUGACAACGCACUUCAUAGCUUGGAUCGACAUCGGAUAUUACCGGGACUUACCAACCCAAACAUUAGUUACUGUGUAACAACACCCAAAGAAUUUGACGAAAACAAGGUUCUUUUUAACCAGGUAUACAUGCCAAAUUUCAAUCUCUCACCACGAGAUAUAUUCUACGGUAACCACGUGUGGGUCGGAGGAGGGAUGUUCAUAGCAACACGUGAGGUCAUGCUCAGACUCUGUGAUGAAUACAAGAGGGCGGCCACAUUUUUACUCCUCAAUCGUAAUCUGAGCUCCACGGACCAACAGACACUAUACGCCAGUAUGACCGUAGAAGGCAAGAAAGACAUAAACCUCACCGUGGAUAUUGCUGUGAUACCACAGACACACGACUGGUUUGAUCUGGGCAAGUCUCUCCUCAGAAACGUCGGGUGAACGACAGGUGUCACAGUCGGAGGGCAUGGUCCUCAACGAUGACAGUUAUUCCAGAAGUCGACCCUCUCUCGUCCAUGCCUUGCAGGACUCCCGCCCAGCUGUGAUGAGAAACGCGUGACAAGGGACCCGAGAGUAUUGCAGCUGUGUCCUGCUUUGACACUGCAGCUGUGUCUUGCUUUGACACUGCAGCUGUGUCCUGGCAUGCUCACAUCAGACAGGGGGGGGGUGUACUUUUAAAGAAGAGUGUGGUUACAUUUUCUUUGUGUAGACAUGUGACUCUUACCACAACUCAAGGAUAAGUAUUCACCAAUGUGUGCCCUGAUGCGUACUAAUGUGCCUUGCAAUGGGAAAGGACAAAAAAAAAAAGCAAUAGAUGAAAAUACUUUUCUGCUGGCAGAAUAUUGAGACGAGUGCAAUGACUCGUGAGCAGUUUUCGACAUGUCCGUUCGUGCCUGGUGCACAAAAUUCAAGCAAAAAUGAAGCCAGUUGCAUGAGCUGUGUUCGCCAGCUGUUGGUCCACUCAGAAAUUGCUUUUACUUACCUCGAUUAGACUGUAAAAGUUCUGAAUGCAGAACACAUUUUUCUCCUUUUUUUUUUUUCUUUUAGAUCAACAUCUGGGGCUCGCAUUACCUCUUGUAGGAUUGUCCGACCUAGACCCUGGAUGUGUCACGUGGGCAGCUGUGCAGUGUCUACAUCAUGUUAAAUGUAUGCUGCGACUGUUGUUUGGGGAUGGGGGAAGAAGGGGAAAAAAGACACGAUAUUAAUACAGAUCUUUAUUUUACUUUUAUUAUUAUACUUUUUUUUUUUGUAAAGCGUCUUGGGCUUGCCCACAGGGCCGAGGCAUAGAGAGAUGUACUUUAAUUUAUUUUAUUAUUAGUAGUGGUAUAAAAACAUGAAAGAGCAGGGUGCCGCAACAAAAUGCGAUUCUGCGUUUAAAGAAAGCCUUUUCAUGUAUUAGCCUGUGUGUGCGUCCAUGCGUGCGUACGAGAGAGAGAGAGAAAGGAAGGUUUGAAUGCAGUGGUGAAGAUGACAGCUCCGAUACCUAUUCGUCACACAAUAAAUUCAUCCAGCUGAUGUUUGUUAUAAAAA